CAGCGGAGAUGGCAGAGAUCUUCCGGGAGCCGGCGAGUCCUGCGCUUUUCUCGGGUGCUUCUCUUACGCAAGGCUCUUCAAGAGGACAACACAAGCAUGUAUCCAUCGGAGAGCCUGGAGGCUUUAAUCAAGUUCUUCAAAAGUCACCUGAAGAUGAGAAAGAAGUGUCUCUUGUUGAUCUUCUGUAUACUUCUCACGUUUGUUGUGUAUUUGUUGUUUUUGCCACCCUUCUUCCCUCCCUUCUUUUUCCGGACAAUUCAGCAAGGUAUAAACAGACCCCUGUUCUUCCCCGAGCGAAAUCCCAUCAUCCCCAUCACUGGCACGAAAGCUUUUAUCUUUUCGGCCUUUUUGGACGAUAGGACCUUUCUCCAGGUGUCUCCUGUAAUUCGGAUUAUUGGAAUUGGUGCCUCGGAUCAGGAAGAAGGCCGCUACUGCCAUGUUAAGUGUGAGAGCAGCACCGUCUCCACUCGAGCCCUGACCUCCGACUUUGGCAAAAAGGCCUCCAAGGGGGUGUACUGCGUGUUGUGUAGAAACCCAUGUGUCUCGUCUGUUCCGAUAAGUGUGGCUGUGAGUGCGGAACGUAACCACAGUGCCUCAGAUGUGUUUGUGAGAAUUCAUAAUGCCAAAGAAAGCCAACUCAGUGAGCCUCGGCACACAUUCACCGUAUGCGUUAGCACGAUGCUCGACAACUACAACAAUGCCCUGCAGCUUAUCCAAUUGAUCGAAAUGUAUCGACUGCUGGGGGCGGACAAGGUGUUCAUGUACAAAAUAAGCUGCUCGGACUUGGUGCUGCGGGUGCUCAAUUACUACGCCAGGAAUGGAUUUGUCGAAGUCAUUAGCUGGAAUAUGGACAUGCUGCAUAAUAUUUCCAUGGACUUCAAACCUGGUAUCCGAGAAGAGAUGCAUCAUCAUAUUCAGAAUGUCUUUACAAACGAUUGUGUCUACAGGAAUAUGUACACGAGCAGGUACCUCAUCCUCAACGGGCCUGAGGAAGUCCUUAUCCCUCACGAGCACAAAACAUGGAUUAAUCUGCUGGAGGCUCUGACACAGAAGUAUGUUGGAGCCAGCGUGUUUUUAUUUGACCAGCGCAUAUUCCCAGCUAUUGCUCACCACCCAGACAGCCUUGAUUCUCCUAAGGAGUGUCCACAAGUGCCAGGAGUGAAUAUUUUGAACUCCCACUACAAGUUGGGGAAAGCGGCAGUUGUCAAGAAGGUGGUAGUCGACCCCAAGGUGGUCAUUGGUUACACCUCCAAACAGUUUGUGCUGGAGCACCAAGGCAAGGAGGCCAACAUCCCGAGUGAAGUGGCCGAGAUGCGCCUCUAUUCUGACCCUGUUACAUCUGAGAUUGAGGACGUGCGUCUUCAAAAAGACGGCCGGCUGCAAAUCUAUCGGGCUGACCUAGAAGAGAAGAUGAAAAAGGUCUGCAGGGUUGUCUCAGGAUGGAUAACAAAGGUGGAGAUGGAGUGGUACAAGCAGUGGACACACUGGAAUGCUCCCAUUAUUGGUGAAGGCACUUUCAAUCGUGAGGUUGUUCAGAAUCACUUCACAAAAGAAAAUCCCACCAUUGGCCUGACAGUCUUUGCAAUUGGCAAGUACCUGGAUGCUUACUUGGAGAAGUUUCUCCUCACCGCUGAGAUGUAUUUCAUGAAAGGGUACCGGGUGAUUGUGUACGUGAUUGUGGAUGAUCCCACAAGACUCCCCUACGUUGAAUUUGGACUAAAACAUUCAUAUAAAGUUUUUCGCAUUCUUAAGGAGGACAGGUGGCAGGACAUCAGCAUGAUGCGCAUGAAGACCCUCUCAGAUCUUCUGAAGAAGUACAUCCAGUACGAGGUGGACUACGUCUUUUGCAUGGAUGUUGAUCAGUAUUUCUUGGCCCCCUACAGCGUGGAGACCUUAGGAGACCUGGUGGCGCAGGUUCAGGCUUGGUUCUUCCAUGAAAACAAUUACAAAUUCACCUACGAAAGGCGUCCACAGUCGACGGCCUACAUCGCAGAUGGAAUGGGAGAUUACUACUACCAUGCAGCCGUCUUUGGAGGCCGGCCGCUUAAGGUUUUGGAAUUGGUUGACUUCUGCUUCCAAAACAUCGUAGAAGACAAGAAAAAAAAUAUCGAGGCAAUCUGGCAUGACGAGAGCCACUUAAAUAAAUACUUUCUCUUGAACAAACCCACCAAGAUCUUAAACCCAGAUUACUGCUGGGAUUAUAAUAUUGCUAGAAACUCAAAUGCUAAACUCGCAUGGGCAACCAAGGACUAUGCAAAUUUAAGGCAAAAAUAAUGUGAUGGGAGCUCUUGUGCCACACUUCUCCCUGCCUUUUUCUCGCUGUCUUUUGUUUCUUGAACCUCAGGAUAUGCUAAUAUUUGCACAAGAGGCCCGACAGAGUUCGGAUCGCAUCCUGUGUGCCUUACCUGGGCUUCAAAGGUGCACUCUGACACCGAGCUCCCGGUACGCUGAGAGCUCAGGUGGCACCUUCUAUCCAGUGCCAUUAGGAAAUCUUCAGAAGUAUUGAUGGGCAGCAAGCAUCACCAUCUUUCUUUGCUUCUCACACUCAGCAGAGGCAGCUUAAUAUUUAAACUGCUCAUGGAACAUGGGAACAACAGCUUCAGCUUUAAAGUGUUGGAGGAGAAAUGGGGCUGAAAAUACGUACACUGGGAAGUCCACAAAAGUAGCUGCAGUAGAUGGAAAAAGUCGAAUGAGGGCACAUAAAUAUUAGGGAAAUACUCGCAGUGAGAAGAAGUUUGGAUGUGAUAUCCUGACCCAAGGCGUCCUCAUGCCAUGGUGACCUCCGAAUGUGAUAACGGAGAGCUUUUGCUGUUUGUUAAUGUCUUUCAAGUCCGUCAAUUCUUUAUUUUUUCCUCCGGUCUAAAGCACUUGACAGACUUCCGAUGUCCGAUUGCACUUCACAUGGUGAAGUCAGAGGUGCCAUUUCAAACUCUAAACGGUGGCAUUGAUGACCAAACUCCAUCCCUGCCCUUAGGUUUAUAGAGUGCCUUAUGGUGGCUAUUCAUUUGCACUACAGCUGGUUACGAGUGGGUUUAAGGGGAGUAUGGGGAGGUGGAUUUAGAUUUUAUAUAUGGUUGACCGUUCAGUCGUUUUUAGUUUUUUCGAGAGUCAUUGGCCCCUCCCAAUGGUGUGUCCUGUAGGGUUGUGAAGAUAAUUGAAGUGUACUGGUCACAUAAAUACAAAUAUUUGGCUAUCAGAGAAAUGUAUGGGUUGAGCUUUGGUUUGUGCUUCCCUCUUCAGUUGUUUCGGUUGUUCUGUCUUUUCGUUUGGUGGUACAGUGACUAAGACCAACUGCAUCUGUGACACUAAAUGGAUUAUUGAGGAUCCUACCUCAGAAGAGUGUCUUGUUGAGGCCUUUUGUGACAGUUUGGCCGUUUUAACUGGAAACCACUACAGAUGACCUUAGUCUCCCUAACUACUAGAGACUGAAGUCCAGAGAUCAUCUGCAUGAAAGCCAAACUGUUUGAUUGCCUUUAGAUGUUUAGAAGUAACUGACAAGACUGAACAGUCAAAGCUGGACAGUCCUAAGGAUGCACAGAUGACCAUAGCUGGUCAUCUUUAUGGGGUCAGAGACGUCAAAUGUAGUUUGAAACCGAGCCAAUGACAUGAUAAAAGUCGUAUUACCAAAUGUGAAGUAGAUACACAAAGAAACAGGAAGUCUUUUAUAAUUAUAUAUUUUUUCUACAUGUAAAUUUGAGAUGUUUUAGGAGAUGUUUAAAAUGAGAUAUAUUUGGAUUUUCGUUUUUUAAUGAAUUCUGCAGUCCCCAGAGGUUUUCCCACCCACUUCAGUGUGUCGAAUACCCCAUUCUGUGGAUGGAGACCAUGGACCAGGGAAGUCUUUGCGUCAGAUAGCCUUGUGGUCCUCCGUAGACCCACACAGUGACACGGCAUGAGUCAGCCCUCUGAUGGAAUUGAUUUAUUUCUGCCUGGAAUGUACUCUUAAGGGAAAGAGAGGCCAUGAUGUGGAGCACCUGACACACCAAUGACUACACUCCUGAGAGUACCAAUGACUGUGGAUUAUAGAUUUAUUUUUUAUUAUGUUUGUAAUUUUUUAUAUUUCUAAGUUUGAUUGUUUCAAGAACCUGUGGAAGGGAAGGGAAGGGACACAAUGCUCCCCUACUCAGUGGCCCUCACUCUUAGUAAAGGACGAUCAAGAAGUUCUGGUUUCUAGAGGCAUUCACGUACAGCGUUGUGUCUUCUAAAUUAUAAAACCAUAAAUAAAAGGGAAUUUCUAAAACAAAACUUGA